AUGUUUGGCGCCGCUCCUUCCUCAUCCCCUCACUGCCACUAUUCCUCCGAUGAAUACUCUAGCGAUUACUACUCAGACUCCAGCACAGAGACGGAUGCUGCCUGGAAGGCGGAUGUCGCCUUGGCGAAGCUCCUCCUCUGCCAACCGCUAAGCAAUGUCUCAAUUGAAGACUUCGUGAAAAAUGUAUAUGGCUUCACUGACGACGACGUGGAUUACAUCAACAAGUCGAACGUGUGGACGCUACACUCUGGCGGUUUGCAGGAAUACAACACCGUGCUCAGCAAAGACCGGCCUGAAGAGGAGCUAUAUAUACCGUUCAAGACUAUCAUAGACGAUCUAUUCAAGAAAUUCAGCGACGAUGGCUACAAGCUAGAUUUAAAUCUGGUCCCUCCAGGCGACGAGCAAUUGGAUAGCACUGGCGCACCUUGGACCCCUGAUGGACUUUUCUUUUUUAAAUCGUUCAACCCCAAGGUCGACAAGUUGUCUUGGUCACUCUCUAAGGCCUUUCUGGAAUUCGCCGUUACCCCACAGGAGCAAAUGAACGAGACUGAAGCCUGUGUCACUGUCUCCGCGCCGGACUCGGCACCGUCCUCGACGUCGUCUGGCUCUAAGCGAUCAAGCUCCGACGUCCUCGAACUUGAAGAACAAGGUCCUUCGAAGCGGUUCAAACAAAUUGCUCGGAAAGAAUCACAAGCAACUGGAUAUGCCCUGGCGAUGAUGACAUUUGCUUGUAGACGUUGGUCAACCGGUCUGGUGAUCACGGAUAAAGACGUACGGGUGCACUACUAUGAUCGGAUAGGCACCAUCGUCACCAAGAAGUUCAAUUUCGCUGAAGAACCAAGCAAGCUGGCGAUGCUGGCGUUAGCUCUGGCCAAGUGCGACAUGGCUCAUGCUGGAUUCGAACCACUCAUCUCUUCUGGCCCCCGCCUCGGGCUCCCUCUCUCCGCUCCGCCCUCUUCAAUGAAGGAUACGGUUCUCCGGUUACCUACGUGCGAUAGUGCAGGAGCUACGUUCGUAAAGGACCUCGGGCAGGGCCUCUACUCAGACUUUGAGAUUACUGGUGAUCCACUAUAUGUGUUUCGGGGUGUUUCUGGCCGAGGCUCACACAUUCUUCCCGGUCAUCUCGUUGCAGCAGUCAAAGAAGAGGGCACCCAGACAGAGCAGGUAGCAGCUGACGAUACUGACCCUAUUAUUCCGAACCAUGGCGGCAAAAAUGGAAACGUGGCCACUGGAACGACGAAGGAGGCCCCUUCUCAAGUCACUAUGGCGGCGAAGCUCAGCUGGCCCUUGGCUGUGCGUCCAAAACUCGAAGCAGAAGUAGUCCAAUCACUCCGUGAGAGUGUGCCUUGGAUCAAGCCUUUCCUCCCCAAAGUUCACUUUGCGAUGGUGCUCAAGGGAAGGUCUAUCGGCCUCCCUGGAAACCUGUUUCGCUCCAUGACGACAACCCACAAACUUGAACAGCGCUAUCUCACUCUCAUGGUUGCCGAUCAGUACAAACAUCUAUGGGAGGUUCCAACAUCCGAGGAUUUCAUGCCAGUGUAUCUUGAUAUAGUCGAAUGCCACCACGCUGCGAUGAAAUUCGGGAAAGUUCUUCAUCGCGACAUAAGCGCUGGCAAUGUGUUAUGGCGUAGCGUGCCAAAGUCGCGCUGUGUCGGCGUCCUCAAUGACUGGGAUCAGGCAUCUGAUAUUAUUCCACAGGGGCCUCUGAAGUACCGAACGGGAACUGGCCCAUUCAUGGCACGCGAUCUCCUCGCUGGCGGCUCUGAACCACCGACUCACCUCUAUCGACAUGAUCUCGAAUCACUAUUCUACCUCCUUGUUUGGGCGGCGGUACUCUAUACCCUCGAUAAGCAACAGCCGUUUUCGAGCAAACCCAAUGCAUCAAUACUGAGAUGGACUGGUACGUAUGCCAAUGCCCGUCAAGCGAAGGCAGCCUUCCUUUGCGAUCCGCUGCCAGUGUUUGAGGGUAUACAGCCUGCAUUCAAUCUGCUUCGUGGUCGUUUGUAUGGCCUUUGGGGAUUAUUUCACAAGGCCCAUAACAACUCGGUCUCCCUUGCAUUACGACCCCGAAGACGCAGCCAUGCCAAUGUUGCCCCUAAUGCAGGCAGAGCCGUGAGGAAUGUAGACCUGGUCUUGCCAGAGGGUAGUGACGAUGGAGAGCUUCCUGUUGUUGAGUCGAGCCCUCAUCUCGAAUCUCCUACCCUGGUCGAACCUCUCCCUCUCGAUGAGAUUGACUUCGAAACAUUGGGAGGGUGCUUGACGUUCGAGAACUUCCUGGCUGUUUUAGGUGAAAAGCCCCGGCCCAUCAGCGCCAAGUACAAGCACCUCGCUACAGAGUGA